ACGAUACAGACAUGUAUGUAGGUAGAUGUAUGUACAUAUAGUACUUAUGAGUCAGUCACACGUCGUACGCCCUGACAAACACAUGUGUAAACUUACAAGUUGAAUAAUAUACAGUCCAUUCAAUAUUUUAUGUGGGUUUUAUUACCAGUGCCCCACAUUAUGGUCCUUCAUCGGAAUUUAUAAAUCUAUCGUUUGGAUCAGGGCGCUGUCGCGAGUGUGGCUCAUCUUACAUUUCAUUGCAUUGGCCGUACCAACGCCAUUUUUUUACAUCGGACUCUCGUCGGACUUUUUUGCGGUUGUGCGGAGCACCGGACUCUUACACUAACAUUUACAAGUGCCGUCAAUCGUGGACAGUGUUACAAAAUUACCAAAGACUUUAUCUGGUCUUGCGGAGUGUUUGCUGCAAGUGCACUGCUAUAAGUGUUUUCACCGGACUUUGGACUUUACAUUACAUUACAAGUUGGUUGCUGCUAUAAGCAAUCGACGCCAGAUUGCCCUUGUUGCUUCUGGGAAUCAUCGGGUCUCGCGGCUAUAGUAUUUUCUGCGAGUGCACUUCUAUAAGUGUGUCACCGAGGUUUGGACUUUACAUACAAGUGGAUUGCUGCUAUAAGCAAUCGUUUCCAAAUUGCCCUUGUUGCGGCAUCUUUACAUCGUUUUAUGAUACAGUUUAAGAGUGAGAGACUAUACAUUCGAGCUGCAUUCAUAGUUUUACAAACAUUUACAUGUGCUAAAUUUCAUGGUUCACCAAUACACGUAGCCAUUUCCAUCGAAUACGGUUGGCCAACAUAGCUUCAAGAAUUCUACGUCGAGGUUCCUGAUUGGUGGAAAACGAGUCAAAUUGACCGUUUCCGCUACUGCGAGAGGAGGAUAGCUGAUCCAAUCCGUAGAGGGUUAGAAAGGGACGGCAUAUCGUCGGGAGCGCUCGUCCCAGGCGGGCCAACUUCGAAAAAAGCAGCGACGCGAGCGCCAUCCGCGGUCGGGUGACUGCAACUCGUCGAGUCGGCAAUACUCGGAAGCGCUCGUCACAGGCGGGCCAACCUCGAAAAAAGUAGCGACGCGCGCGCCACCCGCGGUCGGGAGACUGCAACUCGUCGCAUCGGCAAUACUCGGGAACGUUCGUCACAGGCUAGCCAACCUCAGCGGUCAAAAAAGGCGACGCGCGCGCCACCUGCGGGGACCGCGGACCAAGCUUCGAUUGAUUCGAAUUCGACGUUCGACGCCAUUUUAUCUCUUUGAAAAUUUCUUUGUUGUUUGUGUAUUUAGUAUUUUUCAAAAAUAUAAUAUUAAUCUAUAUUAAUAUAACUAAAUACAAGUGUAAAAAGUUAUAGAAUCUCCAAAAUGGAGGAAGAUUUAAAGAAAUUGAAGGCUGCCAGGGGGCAAGCCAAAUGUAGUAUCACGAAUAUUUGUAAUUUCACAAACGUGGUUAAAAACUUAGAAGAAUAUAAGGAGGAGUUUUUAGAAUAUGAGGAGAAGUAUUUUUGUGCUUUGUCUGCCUUGACUGAGUACCUCACCAUGAAACAAGGUUACUCUGCUUCGUCAUCAGGAAAUGCUUCCACCAGCUUAACUAACAACAAUCACACAUUCCAACGCUUGCCACCUAUCGAUAUAAAAAAGUUUAGUGGAAAGGUAUGUGAAUACUAUGAUUUUAUUAAUCUUUUCACCAGUGUAAUUGCCAAUAACUCAAGCUUAUCGUCCUGUGACAAGUUUUAUUACUUAAAAACAUCAUUAGAGGGCGAGGCUGCUGAUGUAAUCAAGCAUUUAGGCCUAACUUCUGAAAAUUACACAGUAGCAUUACAACUUUUGGCUGAGAGAUAUGAUAACAAAAUGAAAAUAAUUAACCACCACAUAUCUGCUUUAUUAGACAUAGAAUGCCUAACAAAAUGUACUGCACCUGCCUUAAGAAACAUUGUUGCACAAGCUAAACAGCAUCUAGCUGCUUUAAAAACGUUGGAGGUACCAACUGAUCAGUGGGAUCUCAUCAUCAUUUGUAUUUUACAAAGAAAGUUGGACCAACAAACGUUGCGGUAUUAUUAUUUAGAACUUAAAGACGGCUUACAUAAUUUGCAAUCUUUUCUCAAAUUUAUAGAACAACGAGCUGCUGCGUAUGAGACUGUGGCAGAUGGCUAUAGUUCCAGCUUAAAAAGAGGUCAUGCAGUGAGUGGGAGCCGCACCGCAAGUCUGGUAACAACCUCCACCCAAAAUAGCAACAACAACAAUGACAACUGUAAGUUUUGCAAUUCAAAAUAUCACUUGCUUCACCAGUGUGAGAAGUUUAAGCUAUCUAACUACUCAGAUAGAAUCAACUUUAUUGAAUCCAAUAAGUUGUGUAAAUUAUGUUUAAGGUUACAUAGCCAAAAGUGUAGGUAUGCAUUUAGGUGUAAUAUUUGUAAAGAACGGCAUAAUUCUUUACUGCACCAGGAGAAAAAACCAAAGCAGGUGGCAUUGUCUAUGAACAUGGGUAAUAAUAUUUUAUUGCCUACAUUAAAUGUGGGGUUACAUGAUAAAAGUGGGAAUGUAAUUUACACUAAGGCAUUAUGUGACUCGGGGAGUCAAGUUUCAUUAGUGUUACAUGAUUUAAUUAAAUCAAUUGAUUGCAAUAUUUACAAUGAACAGAGUGUCAUUACUGGCAUUGGUAAUGAGACAAAUAAUAUUUCACAAAAGGCUGAAUUUACAAUUCAUUCAACCACAAACCAAGAGGCACUUACAUUAUCAUGCUGUGUAGUGGAGAAUAUUACGUGCAACAUGCCUCAAUUUUCAAUAGAUGCAAAAGAAUUAAAUAUUCCUGAUCAUGUACAGUUAGGAGAUAAAAACUUUUACAAAAAGGAGAAGAUAGGUAUCCUGUUAGGGUGCGAUAUUUUCUUUCAAUUGCUCUUGCGGGAUCAAAUCCCAAUUGUACCUGGAGGUCUUUGUUUGUAUAAAACUUUGUUUGGGUAUGUUGUGGCUGGUAAGGUCCCUAGACAGGGUAAUACUAUACAGGGUGAUGAAAAUAGUUCAAGCAGUCAUCUUUUGAACGUUGAGUCAGAGUCGCAACAUAACUUAGAAUUAUUAAAUGAGUUAAAUACAAAUAUAAGUCAACUCUGGGAGUGUGAAAAAAUUACUGAAACAUUCACAGAGGCUAACACAGAACAAGAACUUGCUGAAAAAAUUUAUAAAGAGACAGUAGAAUUAAAAGAAGGCAGGUUUCAUGUUUCAUUAACUUUGAAGCAAGAUUAUGAUAAAAUAAAGUUAGGAGAUUCAUUGACAAGAGCUUUACAAAGAUUUCACAAUUUAGAAAAAAGAUUUGCAAAGGACAGGGACCUAUUUUUAAAAUAUAAAGCAUUCAUUGAUGAAUAUGUAUCUUUAGGUCAUGCACAGUAUAUUGAAAUUGAAAAAUAUAAUAUAGACGAUGUUCCAUUUUAUAUUUUACCACAUCAUCCUGUAUUCAAUGACAAAAGUAAGACAACAAAGAUGAGGGUAGUUUUCGAUGGGGGGAUGCGUACAAAUGAGAAUGUGUCAUUAAAUGACAUAUUGUUAAAUGGACCCACGGUUCAAAAUGAAUUAUUUAACAUUCUAACUUUGUUUAGAUUUCACAAAUAUAUUCUUAUAUCUGAUAUAAAAAUGAUGUUUAGAAAUCUUAUGUUAGACGAAAACCACUGCUCAUUGCAGAACAUUUUAUGGCGUGAGACGCCUGAAGAGAACAUAAAGGUCAUUCAACUUAAAACUGUGACGUAUGGGCUUAAAUGUUCAAGCUUCCUAGCAACGCGAUCUCUGAUAGAGCUAGCUGAUAUGUAUGAGGAGGACUAUCCCCUAGGAGCUUUUGCAUUGAAGCAUAAUGCAUAUGUUGAUGAUAUUAAUACAGGGUGUAAUGACAUUGAAGAGCUCAAAGAAACAAAAAGGCAGUUAUGUGAACUGUUACAAAAGGGAGGGUUUGAGUUACACAAGUGGUGCUCAAACUGUCCAGAACUUCUCAGGGACAUACCACUCGAUAAACAAAGUAUAAAUGAGGUCGAUUUAUUUAAAUCUGAACAUGUUUUGAUCAAAACUUUAGGUCUUACAUAUGAUGUCAGUACAGACACUUUACGAAUUAACUGUCCUGAGCAAAAUUUAUUAGAUAUCUACACAAAACGACAGGUAUUGAGCUUCAUGAGUAAAGUUUUCGAUCCGCUAGGUCUAGUAGGGCCAGUUGUAGUGUUAGCAAAAAUUAUUAUGCAGAGAACUUGGGCUUGUAAAAUUCAGUGGGAUCAGCCUAUCCCCCAAGAACUAAACAGUGUUUUUGUAAAUUUUGCAAAAAAUUUAUUUAAAAUGAAUGUUAGCGUUCCUAGGUGCAUAAAUACAGUAUCUGUUAAACAGAUAGAUCUUGUAGGAUUCUCCGAUGCAUCCAGCAAGGCACAUGGUUGCUGCUUGUACAUAAGGGUCAUUGACUCUGAAGGAAAUAUAAGUGUAACUUUAUUGUGCUCCAAAUCUAGAAUAAAUCCAUUAAAACAGCUUAGUAUUCCUAGGCUUGAAUUAAACAGCGCGUUGUUAUUAGCGCAUCUUGUAAAAAAGGUUUACGAUGAAAUAAACAAAUUAAAUAUUAAUCCCUGUGUGUAUCUACAUUCUGAUUCACAGAUAACGUUGGCUUGGCUUAAAACCGAGCCCCAACAGCUGACAGUUUAUGUUUCAAAUAGGGUAAAGACUAUACAAGAAGAAACUCAGGGUUUCUCGUGGUUUUAUGUAAACAGUCAUGAAAACCCAGCAGACGCCUUAUCGAGAGGAGUUGAACCUCAUUUAUUAGAGACAAAUGAGCUGUGGUGGCGAGGACCUGGCUUUUUAUAUUGUAAAGAAUUCCCCAACAAUAGGGACAAUUUCACGAUGCCAACUGAUAUACCUGAAACAAAGGUUUGUUUGGCGGUAGAUAAAGCUGAAAAACAAGAAAAACUUGAAGUGUUUUCUAAGUUUUCAAGCUUAAACAAAUUAAUACGUGUGAUGGGAUAUGUUUAUAGAUUCAUUAACAUAUGUAGAAAAAAGGCUAAAAGAAAUGCAGGUCGUUUAUCUUGUCAAGAAGUAGAUGCUUCAUUAAAAAUGAUCAUUAAGUAUGAUCAACAACAGCAUUUCAAAGAGGAAAUCGCAUGUUUAUCUUUAGGGAAAGAAAUUGCAUCACAUUUAAAGGCAUUAAAUCCGUUUGUUGACGGCAUGGGUCUUAUGCGAGUAGGUGGAAGGUUACAACAUGCUGACCUACCUUACUAUCAAAAACACCCAAUCAUAUUAGCCAAAAAAAUCUAAUAUAACCCAUCUAAUUAUUGAAAAUGAGCAUAAAACUUUGAUGCAUGCAGGUCAAAAAUUGAUGUACGCUUCCUUGAGCCAAAGAUACCAUAUAGUAAACGGCUUAAGGGAAAUUAAGCAUGUAGUACACAAAUGUCUCAUAUGUUUCAAAUUGAAGGCAAAAACGUCAGAGCAGCUGAUGGGAUCUCUGCCUCCAGACCGAGUCAACCCAAGUAGGUGUUUUGAAAAGGUAGGCAUUGAUUUUGGAGGUCCAUUCAUAGUAAAAAUGCAUCGUAUAAGAAAAGCUCUUACGUACAAGGCAUACAUAUUAUUGUUUGUCUGUUUUGCCACAAAGGCAAUUCAUAUUGAACUUGCAUCUAGUUUAACAACUGAAUGUUUUUUGCAGUGUCUGAAAAGAUUUAUAGCUAGGCGUAAUAAGCCCUCUGUUAUAUAUUGUGACAAUGCUUCGACCUUUAAAGGCGCGAAUAACGAAUUAAACGGAUUGUAUAAGUUACAAGCUAAUCAACAGCACCAAGACCUGAUUCUUGAUUUUACUACUAGUGCAGGCAUAGAUUUUAGCUUCAUUCCAAGCUACUCACCAGUGUUUGGAGGCCUUUGGGAAGCCGGAAUUAAAAGUGCCAAAGGACACAUUAAAAGAGUGGUGGGUAAUCAAAUAUUAACUUAUGAGGAGUUAAAUUCAGUUGUUAUACAAAUAGAGGGAAUUUUGAAUUCAAGACCACUGUUGUCUUUACAAACAGCUGACUUUAAUAAUAUGUCUUACAUAAC